AUGAAACUGUCAAAUUUCCCCUUCCUUACGCCCGAUGAGUUCUCGCAGAGCUGUCAGGGAUUUAUACGCUUGGUUGAUAGCUGCGACGACCAGCUCGAGCCCCUUGGAUGGGCAAAUGCCGGAUUUGAUCGGAGUGGCCCCGAAGCUGUCCUGGUGGUGAGGAGAUAUAUUGAUAAACAGGCUAUACAUUCUACGACGAAGGAGAUUGCAUCGGAUGUUGGGGAGAAGAGUACAAAUACUGAGGAUGAAGAAGAGACGGAAGAAUACAUAGAGGACGACCCUGUUUGGCAGCUCUUCCCUAUUCAUAAACCUAGCCUGGUGAAGUCCAUUCUAACUUUUGACAUACAGGAAGCCCUGGUUCGGCUGCCAGUUUCGAAUAGCAAAUGUGAAGUGGAGUAUAAUGUUAUGUUAUCUCCAACAUAUCAAGUCCCUGUGCUGUACUUCUUCCUGCCGGGGGGGCUACCAUGUGGACCGAAAGAGCUUCCCAACAUAUAUAACUCGUUAGUUCCAGAACAGUCCAGGCCCGGGUUGAGAGAUGUGGGAGUCAUGGGAGGUGUAAGCAUCACUGUGAGUCCACGUCCUAUCCUUGAGUUUGGCUUCCUUACUUCAAAGUCAAAAGCUCAUCAAAAACUAAUGAUAAGAACCACCCUGUUACCGGAAUCCCGGUAUAUUUCGUCCACCCGUGUGCUACUAGCGAGGCGCUAA